UGUUUCAAGAGGAAAUUUGAUCACCUCUCAAGAUAACGCAGGUAUCCUAAACGAGUGUGCGAGUGCCUGCAGGCUUUAAGCUGCUGCCAGGAGCACAUAGUUUUUGGAUUGGUAAGAACUGCCAAAUGACGCUUCAUGAAAUAUAAAUGGAAGAAAGACUCAGAGAGAGCAAUAAAAACCCUCCACCCUUCAGUCUAGGAGGACCAGGGAAAGAAGUUCAGCAGCUACAGGAUAUGGCUCUGGGGAUUCCAAUGGCAGUCUGCCUCCUGUUCAAAGCAAUGGCGGCCGCGCUGACCGAGGAAGCAGAAGUGCACGUGACGCCUCCUAGCACAGCGCAGCAGAGCACCUGGCCGGCCAACAACACGGAAGCUGACUUCAUGGAAGGACCUGUAGCUUUGAAGUUCCCCCACCCUUGUCUGGAAGACCAUCAUAGCUACUGCAUUAAUGGAGUGUGUGCAUUCCACCAUGAGCUGAAGAAAGCCAUUUGCAGAUGCUUCACUGGUUACACGGGAGAAAGGUGUGAGCAUUUGACCUUGACUUCAUAUGCUGUGGAUUCUUAUGAAAAGUACAUUGCAAUCGGGAUUGGCGUUGGAUUGUUAAUUAGUGCCUUUCUUGCUGUCUUAUAUUGCUACAUAAGAAAAAGGUGUCUAAAUCUGAAAUCACCUUACAUCAUCUGCUCUGGAGGGAGACCAUUGUGAGACCUUAUAAGGCAUACCCAUCGAGUCAUUUGUCAAAAGCAAUGGGGACUCGAAUGGAGAUCUUCAGAUGAUACAGAACGUGACAUGCUAACCUGAAAAUAAUGGAGGUUUGGGUGACAAUGCAAUAAGAGGAUAAAAUUGAACAUUGGUUCUUAGGUUUUACCAUCUUUGGGUGCCAUGAGAGCUAUGUGAACAAGCUAUGUGAAACCAAGUUCACAACCCUCCUUUGGGCUUGUUAUUGUGUGCUCAUUGUCACUGCAGGACUUGUUCCAUGUUUCUGAUCAUCUCAGAUGUGAGUUUUCAUUUUAACUGUUACCCCACAUCAAGUCAAAGUAAUGCCAUGCCUGAGUUCUUCAUGUACUCAACAUUUGGGGCCACCUGUUUCAAGGGACCUGAUCCCAAACCGUCUGUCCUGAUGGUAUUUCAGGGAAUUUGGUAUCAAUUUUCAAAUGAAACCAGUGAACGGCUCUUCGAGUGAACAAAAAAUGCAUUUAACCUGAACCACUGGAAGAAAAUGGAGUAUCCGGGGCAAGCAUAAAUCACACCCAGCUGUGACAACAGUGUGGAAACUUUAUUUGUGGAGUUUGCAAUAAGCAAAUGAAUUCUUGAAGACUGAAAGUCACCUGGACAGCAAGUCCUGAGUAGGCAAAACUGACAUUUCUGUAUGGAUUAUAAAACCUUACGCUGAGCUAAUCUGUACCCUGAUGCAUAUCAUCUUAUCCUUCCAUUGAAAGACUCACCUGGUGUCCAUCACUUGAACUGAAGUCCUAGAAUUCAUCUAACAACUAAAAGCCUCGAAUUGAUCCCUAAAUGGAAGCUGAAAACUAGCUAUAGGACAUGGAAUGUUACCACUUUUGAUUGAUUGAUAAAAUAUUUGCACAUAGGUAAAAAUGAAACAAUGGUAGAAAUACUUAGUUGGGAAUCAGGAUCCUUCUUUUGAACUGUGUUUCUGCCACAUGAUCCAGUCUCGGGCAAGUCUUUUACUUUCCUUGGGCUUUGGUUACAUUUUCUACAAGACACUUGUAACUCUAAAAUUGAACUGUAGGAGAAGAUAAAAACCAAACUCCUAUAUUUGUGCUGCAAGUCAGAUUAUCUUCAACACUUUCAUUAUCAAUCCCAUC